AUGCCGUCCCAAGCCGAUCUGGACCGUCAGAUCGAGCACCUGAUGCAGUGCAAGCCGCUGUCCGAGGCGGAAGUGAAGGCGCUCUGCGAGCAGGCCAGGGCCGUGCUCGUCGAGGAAUGGAACGUUCAGCCGGUCAAGUGUCCGGUGACGGUCUGCGGCGACAUCCACGGCCAGUUCCACGAUCUUGUCGAGCUCUUUCGAAUCGGAGGGAACGCUCCUGACACGAACUACCUAUUCAUGGGCGACUAUGUAGAUCGAGGAUAUUAUUCAGUGGAAACUGUUACUCUUUUAGUCGCAUUGAAAGUCCGAUAUAGAGAUAGGAUUACAAUUCUAAGAGGAAAUCACGAAAGCCGUCAAAUUACUCAAGUAUAUGGAUUUUAUGAUGAGUGCUUAAGAAAAUAUGGAAAUGCCAAUGUGUGGAAACAUUUUACUGAUCUCUUUGAUUAUCUCCCACUCACGGCUCUGAUUGAGAGUCAGGUCUUCUGCUUGCAUGGUGGGCUUUCCCCUUCACUUGACACUCUAGACAACAUUCGCUCCCUCGAUCGUAUCCAAGAGGUACCACACGAGGGUCCUAUGUGUGACCUCCUAUGGUCCGACCCAGAUGACCGAUGUGGAUGGGGCAUUUCUCCUCGUGGUGCUGGGUACACAUUUGGACAGGACAUCUCACAACAGUUCAACCACACCAACGGCCUCACUCUCAUAUCUAGAGCUCACCAACUUGUCAUGGAAGGUUACAAUUGGGCCCAGGACAAGAACGUGGUGACGGUCUUCAGUGCCCCGAAUUACUGCUACCGGUGUGGCAACAUGGCGGCUAUUCUCGAGAUUGGAGAGAACAUGGAGCAGAACUUCCUGCAAUUUGACCCAGCGCCACGCCAGAUUGAACCCGAGACUACACGCAGAACACCCGAUUAUUUUUUGUAA